AUGUCUUCUGCUUCUAAGGCCCCAGCAUCUAAAGCCCCAGCUGAAAAGAAACCAGCUGCCAAGAAAACUUCUACUUCUACUGAUGGUAAGAAGAGAACUAAGGCUAGAAAGGAAACUUACUCUUCCUACAUUUACAAAGUUUUGAAACAAACUCACCCAGACACUGGUAUUUCUCAAAAGGCUAUGUCUAUUUUGAACUCUUUUGUUAACGAUAUUUUUGAAAGAAUCGCUACUGAAGCUUCCAAAUUAGCUGCUUACAACAAAAAAUCUACCAUCUCUGCUAGAGAAAUCCAAACUGCUGUUAGAUUGAUCUUACCAGGUGAAUUGGCUAAACAUGCUGUCUCUGAAGGUACCAGAGCUGUUACCAAAUACUCUUCCUCUACUCAAGCUUAG